UACUUUUAGACCCAUAUAAUUCUUCAGCCUGCACUUCUCACUCUACAUAUAUAUCUCCAAACUUUCCAACACUACUUUCCCAACUUCAAUUUCUCUCCUGAUCAUCAGAGAACAAAUAAUAAUAAUAAUGGUCAUUUUCCAAAAAGUUCUAGUCCUCUUCUUGUUGUUCUUCUUCUUAGUGUCAUGUUUUAAUACAAAUAUUUCAGCAGCAGCUUCUUCAGUGUCACUUUUGCAAAAAGAGAAGGAAUUAGAUCGAAUCUCUGCACUUCCUGGCCAACCAAAGGUGGCAUUUUCUCAGUUUUCUGGGUAUGUCACAGUCAAUCAGGAACAUGGUAGAGCCCUCUUCUAUUGGUUAACUGAAGCUUCCUCGUUGCCUGAGAAAAAACCUCUUGUUCUUUGGCUCAAUGGAGGACCAGGUUGUUCCUCAGUAGCAUAUGGAGCGUCAGAGGAGAUUGGACCAUUUCGCAUUAACAUAACUGCUUCAUCUCUUUUUCUGAAUAAAUAUUCCUGGAAUAGAGAAGCAAAUCUUUUAUUUCUUGAAUCACCUGCUGGUGUGGGCUUCUCUUAUACAAAUACAAGCUCCGACCUCAAAAAUUCCGGGGACAAAAGGACAGCUCAGGAUGCUCUAAUAUUUCUUCUUAGAUGGAUGUCAAGAUUUCCAGGAUACAAAUACAGAGAAUUCUACAUAGCUGGCGAGAGUUAUGCAGGGCAUUAUGUUCCACAGUUGGCAAAGAUAAUCGUUGACUACAAUAAAAAACAUUCGAAUUCCAUCAUCAAUCUUAAAGGCUUCAUUGUGGGGAAUGCUGUGACAGACAACUACUAUGACAGCAUUGGAACGGUGACAUACUGGUGGACUCACUCCAUGAUAUCCGACCAAACCUACAAGUCAAUCCUGAACCACUGCAAUUUCUCAGCAGACAAAGCCACAAAACCCUGCGACGACGCCGUUUACUACGCGAUGAACCGCGAGUUCGGCGACAUCGAUCAGUACAGCAUUUACGCCCCAACAUGCACAACAACAUUGUCCGACAACAACAACACCAAUAUCAUUAAACAUAUGAGGCUGAAGAACAGUCUUUUGAGGAGAAGGGUUUCUGGGUACGACCCAUGCACUGAGAGCUACGCUGAGAAGUAUUACAACAGGAAAGAUGUUCAGAAGGCCAUGCAUGCAAACACCACUGGAUCAAUUCCUUAUAAGUGGACUGCUUGCAGUGAUGUUCUGAUCAAGAAUUGGAAGGACUCAGAGAAUUCUGUACUGCCCACUUACAAGUUCUUGAUUUCAGCCGGUCUAAGGAUAUGGGUUUUCAGUGGAGACACUGAUUCAGUAGUUCCAGUGACUGCCACUAGGUUCUCCCUCAGCCAUCUCAAUCUCACCAUAAAGACGAGGUGGUAUCCAUGGUACUCUGGGGGACAGGUAGGAGGGUGGACAGAAGUUUACAAAGGCCUGACUUUUGCAACUGUGAGGGGAGCUGGCCAUGAAGUUCCACUCUUUCAGCCAAAACGAGCUUUCGUUCUAUUCAAAUCGUUUUUGGCGGGGAAGGAAUUGCCGAAAUCUUGACAAUGGUUCUCAGAGACGAGGCGCGGCGGAGAAAUAUUGAUUGAUUAGAGGGGACAAAAAAUACCACAUAAAUUAUGGGUUAGUGAUGAAGCAACUAGAUUAGGAACCAUUCGUUCAAGUUUAGGUACUGAUAUUCUCAUGUAAUUCAUUUGUCUUAUAUAGGUCGAGAUGAAUUGGGAAUUCAGGCAGAAAUGUGAAUCAAAUUUAUUGUUUCACUUGAAAAUUCUUCAAUGCAAGAUAAAAUUGGGUCUCCAAUCUCCAUAUGUCCUUGGAGUUGAUUGUAUUUUGCCAAGAUUAUGGACCUUGUAAAGCAUCCAACUUGCGUAAAAUAAAUUGUAACCAUCAAGAGUACAAAUUCAUGACUAAUUUCUUUA